AUAAUGUAAAAAUACAAAUCGAAUCCACAAUUCCUUCGAAGAGAUCACAGUAUAAAGCACUCUUCGAUGGCAGAAACCCAAUCACGACACAUAAUCACAUUCAGCAGACAUAUGGCAUGGAGAUCAGACAUGCACCUCUUAUUCUUACGUCUACCUUAUUACAAACCACUAUACUCGACUAUAAAACAAAUGUAUGAGAAAGUGGGAACACGCCACUAAAUUGGAAUCAGAUCAUUCUCUUAGAAAUGCAGACGCAAAUAAGAUUUCAUCGUUUUAGUGGAUCGGAGUACGGGAUUAAGGAGAUGUAAGAAAAAUGUAGAGACUAUGAUUUUAUAAGUUUACUUUGGUUUUUUGAUUUGUUAGUUUGUACUGUUAAAUAGCUGAAGGUUUGCACUUAAGAAUUACUUCAGCCUAUUAGACAAGAUCUUGUUCGGAAGUUCUUCAGCCAAACAUUCUUAGGGGCUAUUUCCAUUAGCCGGCCAAUACCUUCUCCACUUGCCUCUAUUUUAACAGGUUUUACUGUGUGUUACGUCAGUUACUUCUUUCAACAAAUUAUACUUAUAUCAAAAACUUUCGUUGUGUUUCUUCUUUUCAAAUAGCUUUUGUACGUCCGGGACCUCGAAUAAAAUGUUUUUUUUUUUAAUUUUUCUAUUCUUUCUUUCAUCGUUUUAACAAUCGAUAAUUGCUUCGCUGCAACCUUUCUCGUUUCGGUUUCUUGUACUUACAUAUUUUUUAUAGCUUCUAUUUGUUUUUGUAUGCUGUAUAAGAAGAUUAUCAAGAUCAUGUCUAAAUCUAGUUACUAUUCAGCUUGUACAGUUAAUGUUGAGAAUAAUCUGAAUGUUAAGGCAGAUACCGGUCCUUUGAGACGCGCGAAAUGUCUAUGAAUAGAACAAAAAGGAUUACUAUGGCACCUGUACUCCAUGGAUUAACGAUAAAAGAACAAUGUAAUUAUUACUACUCAAUAGAUACUGUUAUUGGAAUUAUUCACGUAUAACAAAUAUUGUUUUUAUAUACCUGUAGUUAUAUGCGGGCUCAUUAUGCUUUUGCAGUGUUUCAAGACAUUUGGUCUGGUAAAUUUACGUCCAGAUUAAGAUUUGAGGUUUAUAUAGGCUUUUUGUUUAAAGGUUCUUAAUAAAUGUUAUUUUGUGUUAUUACGUACUUAUAGUCAAGCCUCUGUUUCUUUUGUCACAUACCACAUCCUCUCGGUCAUCUAAAUGAAGACGAAAUCCUCUCGAUAUGGACUUUCAUAAUCGAUAAUAAUCGAUUACCGCUCGCUAUAGUCGUCUAUCUCAAUGGCGUCCAUCAAACAGAUUUAAUAGGAUUAUAUAGUAGCAAUUUUCUUAUAUAAAAGAAAGGAGUUCCGUCCAUCCGACGAGGCAACAAUGGUGUAAUCUGGCACGUCUGCCGGGCAGCAGGACCGAGACUAUUGUUGGAAAAUAUUACCUUGUGCAGCUCCCUGAGAAAAUGUGAAAUGAGUGUCCCGGGAAAUGAGCUAAUAAGGAUACAAUUACCUUUACGGAUUAUUCCACCCUAUUUUAUGCUUAUCCAUGUUAACGAUUUUAAAACAGAGUUUCAAUCUAAACGUUUAAAACAGAGCGUCUCGUUUUAGAAAAUUAAGAGAUUAUUUGUAUUCUCUUUUCUACAAACUCUCAUUUCAACACGCAUGUUUGUUUGCUUACUGCAAAAAGCGUAUCACUGUAUAUAAAUAGUGAAAGUACACGCAGUAUUUAAUAAAGGUCGCGCUCGCUUUGAACGUUUUUACCAGCGCUAUUGACACAAAUGUUGGUGUGUAAACCUACAUCAAUAUGUUUGCAAAAGUAGUGUCAGUAAAAAUGCCGGUCCUUUUGCACGUCGAUAAAUAAUUUAAUGUUUUAAAAUGUACUUCGUUUUGCAUAUCGUACCUAACAGUCGUGAUAUAAUUGAUUAAGCUAAGACAAAGCGUGUGUUUGCAGUCCGUACAAAGCAGUAAUAUCAAUAGAGCCGAUGUGUUUGACAAUGAGCGUCCCUCGGUGAAUGUCAUUAAUGUCAUCCGCAGAUCUGGCGCGCGCGGCGGGUGGCCGAGCGCCUGCCGCCUGAGCGGUCCUCGCUAUGUAUAUCAUUAACAGAUAAUACGAAGCAAUAAGAGACUAAACACAAGACAGAAAUGCAGCGGCGCUAAGCUGCUACACAGGUGGUGUCUCGCCAUGCAGCGCGCGGGUGGGAGAAGGGCCUGUGCGCCAUGAGCCACACUCCUAUAAGCGGCCACCCGCAAGGUUGGGAGCACAAGCUUGCUGACAGGUCGUCGCUGCCGCCGGCGUCUGGGGAGGAAAAGAACAAAUCUCAGUCCAAAUAUGUGUUCACACAACCACAUCUGUCCAAGGUCAAUAUGGCGUGGCGCGAGCAGACGGAAGGUUCGUCGGGAAGCUCGGCGCGUUCGCCCGCCUCGCCGCCCUACAUGCGCUGGGCACGCAGCCUGCACGAAUUGCUCGAGGACGCGGAGGGCGUACGUCUGUUCCGCAAGUACGUGGGCGGCGCCGGUGGGCUGCACGUCGACCGCCUCAACUUCUACUUCGCCGUUCAGGGUCUGCGCCAGGAGGGCGAGCCCGCCAAGAUACGGCAGGUCGUCUCUGCUAUAUACAAAUUCCUCCGCAAGUCUCAGCUAGCGAUGCCCGAGGAGCUGAAGCAGCAUGUGAAGCAGAGCCUUAAGGAUGGCUCCAACAUCGAGAAGAAUAUAUUCGACACCAUGGAACAAGAGGUGACGCGUGCGAUAACGGAGACGACGUACCAGUCGUUCCUGCGCUCGGACGCGUACGUGUCGUAUGUGAGCGCCGCCACGCAGCCGCUGUCCUCACCGGACGCGUCGCCGCCACAUCCACCCAGAGAGAUGCCGGUGGGCGGGCUGGCGACUCUCCACGAGGGCCAGGAGCUGGGCGCGGGCGCGGGCCCGGCGGCGCGCCUCACGCACGACGCGCUGCUCGCCACGCAGUCGCGGCGACUGCACUCCGACGUCGCACCGCACCGCAAGCGCUCGGUGUACAGCGCGCACGUGUCGUACGCGGGCUACUGCCCCGCCUCGCGCCAGGACUCGGAGCGCGCCAGCCUCAGCAGCGGCCGCACCGACAGCGACGCCGUCUCGCUGUCCGGCAGCAGCGUUGACGGCAUGUCAGUGCGCGGCGUCCGCGAGUCGCGCGAGUCCCGCCACCGGCCGCGGCUGCACGGGCUCGACCGCAACGCUGUCAUCAACAAGGAACAGGAUACCGCCAUGAUGAUCCCGCGAACACAGCGAGUGCAGUCGGAACAGCUGCGCGUGUUGCCGCCGGCGGAGUUCGCGCCGCUGCUCAUAGAGAAGCUGGAGCGAGUGCGCCGCGACCAGGAGGCCAAGGAGCGCCUCGAGAGACGACUGGCUGAGGGUGACGGCGAGGAGGCGUCAAGUCAAGCGUUACCGCCGCAGUUGGUGGCGGCGGCUAUACGAGAGAAGUUGCAGCUUGAUGACGACAACGAUCAAGAUAUACUCGACCAGCACGUGUCGCGCGUGUGGUCGGAGCGCACGCCGGGCGCGUCCCCGCCGGGCGGGCGGCGCGCGCGCCCCCGCCACGCGCCCCACGCGCCCCACGCGCCCCACGCGCCCCGCCGCGCGCCCUCCGCGCUCUCCGCAGACUCCGGACACUACGACGCGCCGCCGGACUCGCUGCAUCACCCGCACUCGCUCACGCGCAGGUCGUUCUCUAAGAAGACGGUGACGGAGCUGACGGACAGCGGCGUGUCGGUGGUGAGCGAGGCGGGCGGCGUGGAGCCGCGCAUCCUGCUGUGGAUGGCGGAGGGCGAGCGCCUGGACCGGCGCGCGCACCGCGACCUGGCCUCGCGCGGCUCCUCCGCCGAGCGCGACGACCUGCGCCGCCGCGACAAGCCCACGCCGCGCACGCGUGGAAGCGGCAGCAAGUCCAGCAGCGGGGCUGGUGAAGCGCACACGGUGGUGGUGGUGACGUUCUUGGACGAGAACGUGCCCUACCGGUUCAAGGUGCCCGCCUCGCCGCUCACGCUGCGGACCUUCAAGGAAUACCUGCCACGGAAGGGCAACUACAGAUACUUCUUCAAGACGAACUGCGCUGACCUAGACACGGUGAUCCAGGAGGAGGUGAGCAGCGACUCGGACACGCUGCCCAUGUUCGAGGGGAAAGUCAUGGCGCGCGUCAAGAGCAUCGACUAGACCACACGCACAGGACGCUCACAACACCUUCACGUUGGAACCAAACCUACUACACAAUUACUCAAGUACCAGCGCAUCAACGGACAAAGUAGUCACCUGAACAAACACAGGUCCAUUUUCGAAUGUGUCGUUCCGCCAUCGUGUCUGUAACUGUAUCGCCCGCGCGGCCCUGACGUCGCCCUGUCUCACUGCGCUCACACCAGUGAGGGUUUAUAUAUUAUUUUUAUACGUGGGCGUAGGCCGCUAUUAAUUUUAUUACGAUGAUAAUAAGGUUAGUUUUACAUAAGCAAAGUAUAAACUUUCUAAAACACUGUACAGCGACGACAGGGCGGCUAUAGUUUAAAUAAAUUAUUUAUUUUAAAAAUGUUACGAUAAGUGUAAUCGUAAUAGGUAUAACUGCGCGACAUUGUAUAAAUUCUGUUCCUCAUUGACUCUUUAAGCUUUUUUAAUUAAUUUUAAUUAUUUUUUUACUACGAGCUAGUUGAGUACGCUUACUAUUGUACGAUAUUUUUUUAAAUCGCAGAAUGACGGUAUGCAAACAUUUUUUUUAUAUUCCUAGUGUUACAUGAAUGACUGCUUAGUUUGUAUAUUUUUUAAAUUAAUAUUUUAGAUAUAAUAUGACGUGUUCUGUUUAAAUAUAAAAUAUAGUUUCGUUGAAAUUGGGGAUUCGUAAUUAUUGACGAGAGAAUGAAAUAUACCGAACAGGUAGUGAACAUGCUGGCGACUGGCUCACUAGUUUAUAUAAUUUAAGCGAAGUACAAUUAGUUUUUAAAUUACAUAUCAAUGCAAAAUCUGUUUAUUGACAAUAAUUACGAUUAAAAAACUUGUUCAUUUUGUUUUUGCCUUUAAACUUAUAAGGGUUUUGGUCAGUCACCAGCAUGUUUUCACUUCGUUCGCCGUUCGAUUCAAAAUUCUUGACAAAACAAUCUUAUGCACGACGGGAUCUCAAUCAAAUAUCAAUGUAAUGAAUUUUAAAACUCCUCUUGUUAAGUGGAGACAAUGUUUUUAUAUAAAUAAUUUCCGUUCCGCAGCUGUGAAUAGAACUAAUUAGCGAAAUAGUUUGUAAGAAUAAAUUUGUUUAUUCUGGAUUGCGACCGGUCUUUGCGAGCUCAGUUCCCCGUGCGGUUAUACUCGUAGAUCAAACUUCCUAUUGCAUUUUCAUUUAAGUCUUUAUUUCUUAUACCAGUGACGCAAUAAAACUGUUGUUACUCUUCAUUUCUCGUUUCCUAACUGUUGUUACAACUGAGUACAACCACACAGUGAGCUGAGCACAAGUACUUGCUACACUAUCAUUGCCAAACUGAGUUUCCCUAAGUCAACUUUCAUAUUAUUAACUAGUCUACGUUUGUGUUGCACGGAACUUGUCGCUCCAGCCUUGUUACUAAGCGUCGUCACCUAACCCAGACUGUUGUAUACAAUGUGACCAACAAGCGUCGUGCAGCGCCAACCGUUUGAUACCAGUACUUAUUUCGCAUAUUGUAUAAUAUUGUGUAAGUUAGCAUGUCACGUCCGGUCCAUUAUGUACCAACAUUACAACUUGUAUUGCUUGUCAAAACUUACUGCAGACUAAGUAAUGCACAUUUUGUAUGUGUCCUAACGUAUCCAAGAUAUGACAACCGUGUUAGAAUUUCGUAUAAAAUAUUUAAAUUGUUUACCCCUCCAUCCACAUAAUUUACGAAGUUUCGACAAGUGAUAUAAUUUGCAAUGUUGCCAUGUAAAAUAAAAGUACAGAAGAGUGUUGCCAGCGGAGAGUGCACCUAAUGUUAUGCACAUUUAUGACGAGAAUCGGGUGCGGAAUCAUGUGCCUUCAAUGUUGAUAAAAAUUUUCAUAGUUGAUGCUUCUAAUUAGUUGUAAGUUAACACAUUGUAAAUAUAGAAGUAACGCUACGAUCGUUUCGAACUUUUUAUUUUUUAUUAAUUUAAUUAAACAAAUCAUUUUUUUAUUUAUUGCCUAAGGUUGCGUUGUGACGCGCAUCUUCGAACACAAAAUAUCGUGAUUGCGAUGACUUUCGUUUUAGAACACUUCCUUUACAUUCUGUUAGCGAGUGCAUUUACAUAACAUUUAUGACCAAAAUGCCAUAAGAAUCGGUUUUUAGACGUCGCUCAAAUCUAGAUUGUGUUUAUUUAACACAACAUUAUUUAAUCACUGCCAGUGUGUUUUCCAUUCGUUUAUAAGAUUUAUAAAGCUUGCCAAUUCGUCUAAAGCUCAUCUCUUGUGUAUAUUGCCACUCAAUGGUACAUCUCAAAUUUUUUUACGAUAAUCAUAAUAUUUUGUGUUCGAGACGCAGUACAUUUUAUAAUGCCCAGUAAUAUAAACAGUGACCGCGCGACGCCCGGCCACUUGACAAUAUGACUGUAUAAAUAGAUGAAUUACUAUAUCGUUUUUAAAUUAUAUUAUACAAGGCACUUGCUAUGUGUAAGUACCUAUGUACUACCAAAAAGGUCCAACAGAGGCGAAACUCUGUGCUGUCGGUAACGAUACUUGAAUCGAUUACAAUAAUACGAAUAUAAAAUAAUCUGCGAUUUAAUGUAUCGAGUCGAUACUAGCAGAAUAGUUAGCCAUGGGCUCAAAACUAUGUCGGUUAAAAAUGCUUGUUAAAAUUGUAAAAAAUAUAAUGUUUUCCAAUUUAGAGUGUACGAACGUGGAAGUAACGAUUUGUAAUAAAACCUAAGUAUUAAUUUCAGCAACGAUACGACACGCGGUCGCCGCUCGCCGCGGCCGAUGGUUAAAGUAAAAGAAUUUCACUAAUCGGACUGUAUUAUUUUUUUAUCUAGCACAUGUAACAUUUAAAAAAUAAACUGGAACUGUGCCAUAUG